AACCUUCUGCAGUUCAAUCAAUCGACCCCGCCAACCACUGCGAAACUUUCAACGCCUUCGACAAAACGAGGUGAAGUUCCGGGAAGGGGAGCUUCUGUGCGCCUCCCUUUUUUUUCUUCCGGGCUGCGCCUUCGGGAAACUUUGCGGAGGAUUGAGAUGAGAAACCAUGUUGGAACUGUUUGACAGCACCUGUCAAUCCGAAUCGUCCCGUGACUUCACAAAUAAACUCAAGCGAUGACCUUCGCGCCCUCUCGCCUGCCGUCGUUGAGGGCUUCACAUCAGCAAACUAACAAUCGUCGCUUCUCGUAAAGUAAAGAAACCCUCUCUCCCUCAAGUCAAAAUGGCUGCUGACGCUGUAACCGUGUUCGUCGCCAUCGUGGUCUUCGUCUUUUUUGUCAAAUAUGUCGUCUUUGGCGGCCCUUCCCACCCACCAUCCACAGACGGUUCCUCCUACACCUCUGCCUCUUCGCAACGCACAUUCGGGCGCCACCGCGUCCCCGCCGCCAGCAUCGACACCGUACAGUCCAUGUUCCCCGCCUUCCCGCGAUCAACAAUAGAGCAGGACCUAUCGCGCACGGGGUCUGUGGAAGUAACAUGCGAGAACAUUCUAAGCGGGCGGUUGGUCGCGCCGCCUCAGCCAUUACCAUCACAACAGCGACCCGCAACAGCCCCGGCGGGAUCGAGUGGGGCGAAGAAUGGGUCGGUGAGCCCGCUUGCUGCGCUGAUUAGAGAUGAGAGCGUGCCUGUGAGCGAGCCGAAAAAGGUGUGGGACGCGACGCCGGAGGGGAGGGAGAGCAAUUUGAGGGCGAGGAAGGAGUUUAUGGUUCAACAGGCUAGAGAGAAACUUCUGGCGAAGCAGCGACAGCAGGCAUCGACUUAGGCGGCAGAGUAGAAGUAGGAGGUAGCACAGCUGGGUGGGAGGGGACCAUUUUGGGCUGGAACGUCAUUUGGAGGUCUGCGGAAAACCGUCUCCUGCAACAG